AUGCAAAACACCACAUCCACUAUCAAGACUAGAGCUGCUGUAUGUAUCCAGCGACAUGUCCGCGGUUACUUUAUUCGCCAUAGACUACAGCAGGAGCACAAGUCAGCAACCACAAUACAGCGCUUUUAUCGAGGCCAUCAAGUACGGAUAAAGAUGGCACGAACCCUUCAAUUGAAUCCUGAUUCUACUACACAAGAGUUGUCCCGUCGUGUAUCUCGACAAGCUCAAGCUACUAUCAAAUGGAAUGAGCACAGAUACCAAAUACUAAGAAGCACACAUGCGUCUCGUAUUAGUACAGAGUGUGGUAGAGAAAAGGAAAGAGCAGCUAUUAGGUUGCAGGCAUGGUGGAGAGGGGUGUUGUGUCGUCGAUUACACCAAACAUUGAUGUCCAGACGCAGUUUAAAUAAUCAACCAGAUUUGGUUCAAGACAGUCAUUCAUCCCAUAAAUGUGAUUUACAACACAAUCUCAUUGUAGCAACAGUUGUUGAAGAUAUUGUUUUAAAGCUCCGCCAACCGCCUAUCCAGAAUGUGGAUAUGGAGCAACUUAAAACUAAGUUUAGCCAGCUGGAUGCCGAGUUAAAUCUAUACUACGAUCGCAACAAACCAAAGAGUCGUUCGCAGUUGUUGAUGACCGAGUGUCAAAAACGACGGGAGCAUAUUCAAGCCAUGUUACAGAGAGCUCAGGCUAUAGGCUCAGAGUGGCAGGGUGAGGAUUCAGUUAUAAAUGAUCCGAUUCACCCAAAUGUCAUGUCAAGAUGGCGACAUGCACAUCUUGAUGCCUUACGUGCAGCUAAACAGCCAUGGUGGAAACGUGUCCCAGAAAGUUUGUAUUCAACUAAAAAGGAAACGCCAACACAGUAUAGGGUAGAUGAGUGGAUCAACGAGAUCAACCAAGGUCUAGAACCCAGUGGACGUAUUUUUUGA